AUGUCAAUUAAAUAAAAACUAUAUUAAACUUGGCAUAGAUUCUUAUAAACUAAUUUUAAUAGUUAUCUAAGAAGUGCACCUACUCCAGGAAAGCAAAGGUUGUAUAAACAUGUUGAUAUUUAAAAUGAAUUUGAAAAGUUUGAGAAAGAGAGGAGAAAGUAGAGAUUGCAAUUGAUUGAAUAUAAGAAUAAAUUGAAAAAAAGAGUUUUAGAAAAAGAAAUUGCAUUAAUUAAACAAUUUGAAUCAAGUUAGAUUGAUUAUGUUUCAACUAAUGCUACUCUUGAAAAUAACUCUAUAAAUAAAGAUGCUUAUUUGGAUGAAGAAAGAAGAAAAUCACUUCUUAAGGAAUUAGAGGAGAUUAAUAAUUAAUUAACUUAAAUAGAUAAAGAAAAAGAGGAAUUAAAAAUUUUAGAGAAUGAUAUUGCAAUUUUAGAACCUAAUAUGGUUAUUUUGAGAGGGAUUGAGAAAAAGACAGUAUUAACCAUGAUUAAUUAUAUUGAAUUUUAACAUAGACAUGUUUCAGGAUUAGUAUUGAAUCCUGAAACAAUGAAAAAUAUUGAGACUGUUCAUUAUCAUGUUAUGAAUAAUCUGCCAAUUCAAAGAGAAAAACUGUAUGAAGUUGUGCCAGAAUUAUUUUAAGAAGAAAUAGGAGAAUUAGAAGAAUAUAAAUAAAGAUUAAUUCAAGAAAAUAGACCUACUUUAGAUGUCUAAGAGACAAGUGUAAUCUAAAUUAUAGAAAAGAGUAGAAUACCUGAAUCGGAUGAUCCUAUUGUCACUAUUCUAAAUGAAUAAAGAGAAAUGAUGAUGUUUGUUUAUAAUAAAUGUGUUCACUUUUGUAAUAAAUAUGAUGAUUGGAUAGAAAUGGUAGAAUAUUAUAAAUUAUAUUUUAUAGAAAUUAAAAUAAGGAUUUCCAGAUAUUGAUGCUAUUAUUGAGAAUUUAUUAUUGAGAUAAGAUUUGAGUGGAAUAGAUCUUGAGGUAUAUGAAGGAUAUAAAGAAUUAGCAAAAAUUAAUGAUGAUUAUCAUGAUCUUUUGGAGUUGAAUAAAAUUAAAAUUAGGAAAGAAUAAAAUAAAUUAUAAAUGCCUCCUUUUGUAGAAUCUCAUGAAUUAUUAAGAAAAGUAUGGACAGAAAAAUGGGAAGCUCAUAUUAAAAAUUCUCUUGACUUUUCAUAAUCAAUUCUAAUUCCACACAAUACAUAUGAAUCUAAAUUAGAUCAAGUGUUAGCUGAUUAUAAAAAAUAAGAUAUCUAAGAAUUAAUCGAAUAAUGUAUUUAUUUUUAUCUAUAAACUUUAGCAAAUAGAGCUCUCAAAGAAAAAAUAGGAGGAGAUUAACCAGUUCAAUAUUCUGAUAGGAAAGAUAAAGACAUAAACUUAGUCAAAUAAGUACAAAUUAUGGGCGAUAUUAUGCAUCAAAUUCCAAGUCAUUAAGAAGAAUUAAAAGAAUUAUAUAAAAAAGCUGAAUAAUUUGAAAAAUUGUAAAUUGACGAUAAAACUUAAAUAUAUAAAAGUGAAGAAGGAAGGAUUUUAUUAACAGAAAUUCCUAAAAUUAUAUAUUUGAACAACAAAGAUCCUAAAUUAGUAAGAUUUAUUUCAUUUAUACUUAGUAUAAUUUAUAGUUUUGGGCUGAGCACUUUAAUAUUGAACCUUAAAAAUUGAGAAAUAUCUUUAACUUUAUACAUUAUCCUAUCCUAGAUUAAUAAAAUAAAGAAGAAAAGUCAAAGAUAUUAAAAUUUAUAUAUUAAUGA